CUGCUUGAGGGGCCAGGAGAUAGCAGGGGGGCGGCAAAGGAAGGAUUGGGCGUGGUCGCCCAGGAGCCUCUCAGAUCCGCCUCGUUUCACUCGCUUUUCCAGGGGCUGUCCGUCCUCCUGGUGCGGCCUCUGGCCACUUCCGAGAGGCCGCACACUCCGUCUGUCCCCGUCGGGAGCCGCGUUGGGAAGUGUGUUUGUCCCGCCUCCGCUGGGUGUUUUCUUGAGUACUUUCAUCCGCUGUGCUCCUAUCUUGAAAAGCUUGGAAAGCAACUUUUCUGAGUUUUUUUCUUUCCGAAAGGAAAAGGAUUUCUGCCGUUCUGGUGAGGUUGGCUGUGGCCCCACAUUCUCCCUCGUCUGGAACCUAUCUCUUCCGGCAUGUUCCUGGUGAGCACCGGCAGAAAAAUGGUUUCAAGAGGGCUGUGACUUCCAUUUAUUUGCUAAAAAAUGUCUCAUCUGAGAAUCUGGCGUUGUCUUGAUGUCCUUUACUUUUUUUUUUUUUUUUUUUGAUUUGGAGUCUUACUCUGUCACACACACUAGAGUACAGUGGCACGAUGUUGGCUCACUGCAACUUUCACCUCCCGGGUUCAAGUGAUUGUUAGAUAUGAGUUUUAAAUUUCUUUUUAAAGAAUCAAUAGGACCUCAGAUAACCCUGUACAAAGAGGAAUGCAGAUUGCCUCUAUCCACCUAGAUUCAUAAGCUGCCUUGUGGCGAUCUUGGCAUCAAGAAAGAGAGCAUUGAGGCACAUCUCGCAAUCAGCUUCAGAGGAUGUCAGCCAUUGACUUGUCCUUUGGGUUUUUUUCCAGGGAACCAAUCUGCCCUUUUGAAGAAAAGACAAAGAUAGGAACGAUGGUGGAGGACCACCGGUCAAAUUCUUACCAGGAUUCAGUGACGUUUGAUGAUGUGGCUGUGGAGUUCACCCCAGAGGAGUGGGCUUUACUGGACACAACUCAGAAAUACCUCUACAGAGAUGUGAUGCUGGAGAACUACAUGAACCUGGCCUCUGUGGAUUUCUUUUUCUGCUUAACUUCAGAAUGGGAAAUACAACCUAGAAUCAAACGGUCAUCACUUCAGCAGGGUUUUUUGAAGAAUCAGAUAUUCACUGGGAUACAAAUGCAGACAAGAAGCUACAGUGGAUGGAAACUCUGUGAGAAUUGUGGUGAGGUCUUCAGUGAACAGUUUUGCCUUAAGACACACAUGAGAGCUCAGAAUGGAGGGAACACUUUUGAGGGUAAUUGUUAUGGAAAAGACAUCCUCAGUGUGCACAAGGAAGCCUCUAUUGCACAGGAACUUUCCAAAUUUAAUCCAUGUGGAAAAGUCUUCACCUUAACUCCAGGCCUUGGUGUACAUCUUGAAAUUCUCAAUGGAAGACAACCCUACAAAUGUAAGGAAUGUGGAAAAGGCUUUAAGUAUUUUGCAAGCCUUGAUAAUCACAUGGGAAUCCACAUUGGAGAGAAACUCUGUGAAUUUCAGGAAUGUGAGAGAGCCAUCACACCUUCCUCACACCUAAAGCAGUAUGUAACAGUUCAUACUGGAAAGAAAUCCGAAAAGACUAAGAACUGUGGGAAAUCCUUCACUAAUUUUUCUCAACUUUCUGCACAUGCAAAAACUCAUAAAGGAGAGAAGUCCUUUGAAUGUAAAGAAUGUGGAAGAUCCUUUAGAAAUUCCUCAUCCUUUAAUGUUCACAUUCAAAUUCACACUGGAAUAAAACCACACAAAUGUACGGAAUGUGGGAAAGCCUUCACUAGAUCAACUCACCUUACUCAACAUGUAAGAACUCACACUGGAAUAAAACCCUAUGAAUGUAAGGAAUGUGGCCAAGCCUUCACUCAAUACACGGGCCUUGCUAUACACAUACGAAAUCACACUGGAGAGAAACCCUAUCAGUGUAAGGAAUGUGGGAAAGCCUUCAAUAGAUCCUCAACCCUUACUCAACAUAGAAGAAUUCACACAGGAGAGAAGCCUUAUGAAUGUGUUGAAUGUGGGAAGACCUUCAUUACUUCUUCCCAUCGUAGUAAACAUUUGAAAACUCACAGUGGAGAAAGGUAAAUGCAAGAUAUGUGGGAAAGAAUUUCUGUAUUCCUCACCCCACCUGUGAACUCAUACCAGACAGAAACCCUUUGUAUGUAAAGAAUGUGGGAAAGCAUUUGCUGUUUCCUCGUGCCUAAGUAUGUAUGAAAGAAUUCACACUGGGGAGAAAUCCUAUGAAUGUAAGGAUACGCGUGUUGUUACCAUUUAGCCCAUUCAUUGCCAUCUUUAAUUAUUGGCAGUGCAAAGAUCAUCAGAUUUGUCCUAAAUGCCUUUUGGAGGUUAUAAUGGCUCAUGGAUUGGCCUUAGAUGCCAUCCUAAGGGUCUGAAAUUAAACCUACAGGUUCUGAAUACAGCUUCAUGGUUGCCUGAGUCUGGGCAUCUGUGAAGAAGGGUCAUGGAUGGUGAGGUCAGUACUGCAGGCUGCCUCACCUUGGUGAUUAGAUUCCUAAGAUCUUAGCAUUAACAAGUUCUGCAUGAGAUAAAUCAUGCAGAUUGAUCCUAGCCCGUUAGUUAGUGGCUGCCAGUGUGGCACAUUCAUGUCAAAAUUUACCAGAAGCCAAGAUUAUGUAGGCCCCAGAGGUGGAUUGUUAAAAAGAUGCUCCUCCAAGGUUCUCUUCUGUUCCCAUGGAUCCUGCAGAGCAUGUCAGGAAUGAAACCAUCCAUAACUGCCAAUGCCCUUUCACAGCUGAGUAUUUCUGUGUCCCCUUCUUGUAAAAUAAGAAGUGUGACAACCUUGCCUGUUCUGUCUUCUCUGUCCAUUUUAGGUGGCACAGCGUAAGUGGCAGUGUCUCUUCUGGUAUAAUCCAGUCUCUCUUCUCAUUUCUGUUAAGAUGGCUGAUAUACUCCAUGAAUCCCACUCAUGAUCUCUUUAUCAAAUGAUUGUUCAGCCACACUUUGAGGAUUCUCUUCAGUACAAGUUUUCUAAUUUUUGCAUUUUGGAUAGGCUGAGAAUUUUCCAAAUCUCCAAGUUCUGGUUCCUUUUUCCUUAACAAUUUCUUCUGCAGUUCAGGUUUCCUCUUUUGCAUUUUUGCCGAGACCAGCUGGGUCGUGGAGACCCUAACCCAGCCGCUCUAGAGGAAUUAAGACAAAGACACAGAAAUAGAGUGCAGAGUGGGAAUCGGGGCUGACAGCCUUCAGAGCUGAGCUUGAACAGAGUUUGACCCACAUAUUUAUUGACAGUAAGCCCGUGAUGAACAUUACUUCUAUAGAUUAUAGAUUAGCUAAAAGUAUUCCUUACGGGAAAGAAAGGGACAGGCUCUGGCUUGUUAUCUGCAGCAGGAACAUGUCCUUAAGGCACAAAUCACUCAUGCUAUUGUUUGUGGUUUAGGAAUGCCUUGAGCAGUUUUCCAGUUUUCUGCCCUGGGUGGGCCAGGUGUGCCUUGCCCUCAUUCUGGUAAACCAGCAAUCUCCAGCAUGGGUGUCAUAGCCAUCACGAACAUGUCACAGUGCUGCAGAGAUUUUGUUUAUGGCCAGUUUCUUAUGGCCUGUUUAUGGCCAGAUUUGGGGGGCCUGUUCCCAGCACAUUUUUCUGUAAGCAGUCAAGAAGAAUGAAGCUUCCUGUGUCCUUUAACACUUUAAUUACAGAUCUUAGUGAUACAUACCGAGUUUUAUCUCUCUCAAGCUCUAUCUUCCACAAAGUGCUAGAAUACAGUUCUGCCAAGUUUUUCACCACUUUAUAUCAAGGGUUAUCUUUUCUUCAUUUCCCAAUAGAAUGUUCCUUGUUCCCCAAUGACAUCUCACCAGAAUCACCCUUACCAACCUUAUUUCCAGCUUGCACAUCAGAAUUUUUCCAGCCUCUACUCAUUUGUCAGUUUCAAAGCUGCUUAACAUUUUUAGUUUUUUUGUUUGUUUUUAAUUGCAGUACCUCACUUCUCAGUACCAAAAUCUGCCUUAGUCAGCUCAGGCAACCAUAACAGAAUACCACAGACCAAAUGGCUUACAAAUUAAAUUUUAAAUCAAUGAGGUAAAAAACACAGAAUUUUUUUUUUUUUGAGAUGGAGUUUCGCUCUUGUUGCCUGGGCUGGAGUGCAAUGGGAUGAUCUUGGCUCACUGCAACCUCCGCCUCCGAGUUCCAGCAAUUCUCCUUCCUCACCCUCAGUAGCUGGGAUUAUUGGCAUGCACCACAAACCUUGGCUAAGUUUGUGUUUUUAUUAGAGACAGGGUUUCCCCAUGUUGGUCAGGCUGAUCUCCAUGUUGGUCAGAUCUGACCUUAGGUGAUCCACCUGCCUUGGCCUCUCAAAGUGCUGGGAUUACAGGCCUGAGCCACCGUAUCUGGCCCAAAACACAAAUUUAUAUUCUCACAUAUCUGGAGGCUGGAAGUCAGAUCAGAGUGCCAGCAUUGUCAACCUCUAGUGAGAGCUCUCUUCCUGGCAUGUAAGUGCCCACUUCCUCAUGUCUUCACACGAUGGAGACCAACAAAUAGGUCAGUCCGUCUCCCCCCUCCCCACCCCCUUCUCUUUUCACAUACAGUCACAUUGGGGUUUGGAGCUUCAUAUGAAAUUUGGGGGGUCACUAUAUGUAUAUAUAUACGUAUAUAUGUACGUAUAUACGUAUAUACGUGUAUAUACGUAUAUACACGUAUAUAUAUAUGUGUGUGUAUGUAUAUAUAUACACCCAACUCCUAAAGUGGAAAACUAAGUCAUUAUUUACAGAUUAUCUAAUUCUCUAUGUGGAAAGAGAAAAGAAUCAUAUUAAGUACUUUGGACUGUACAAUGACCCCCAAAAUUCAUAUAAUGAUGAGGCUCUCUCUAAAUAUUUUCUUGCUUUACUGGACUGAUUUCAACCUGCAGUGCAACACCAUCUAAAAGUAGUAAUACCAGCAUACUUGUCUUUGCAGUUCUGGUGAGAUAUGCACUCCGUUUUAUUGACUUGGCUAUAGGUUUUUAUUUCUUUUUUAUUUUUUGAAAAAGUUAUGUCCUAUCAGGGAAUCUGCCCCAAUAUUCAUGUAGGUUCUUUUCUAUUUUCCCUAAGUGUUGGCCAGCUUGAGAAAUAAAGGGACAGAGUACAAAAGAGAGAAAUUUUAAAGCUGUGCGUCCGGAGGAGACAUCACAUGUCGGUAGUUUCUGUGAUGCCCCCCAAGCCGCAAAAUCCAGCUAGUUUUUAUUAGGGAUUUUCAAAAGGGGAGGGAGUGUGCAAAUAGGUAUGGGUCACAGACAUCAAGUACUUUACAAGGUAAUAGAAUAUCACAAGGCAAGUGGAGGCAGGGUGAGAUCACAGGACGGAGGCGAAAUUAAAAUUGCUAAUGAAGUUUUGGGCACCAUUGUCAUUGAUAACAUCUUAUCAGGAGACAGGGUUUUGAGAUCAACCGGUCUGAACAAAAUUUAUUAGGCGGGAAUUUCCUCUUCCUGAUAAGCCUGGGAGCGCUAUGGAAGACUGGGGUCUGUUUCACCCCUGCAGUCUUGACCAUAAGAGACGGCUAUGCCCGGGGGGCCAGUUCAGAGACCCACCCCCAGGUGUGCAUUCUCUUUCUCAGGGAUGUUGCUCACUGAGAAAAAGAAUUCAGUGAUAUUUCUCCCAUUUGCUUGUGAAAGAAGAGAAAUAUGGCUCUGUUCCACCCGGCUCACCGGGCGGUCAGAGUUUAAGGUUAUCUGUCUUGUUUCCUAAACAUUGCUGUUAAAUCCUGUUCUUUUUUCAAGGUGCCCAGAUUUCAUAUUGCUCAAACACGUGCUGUACAAUUUGUGCAGUUAAUGCAAUUAUUACAGGGUCCUGAGGCAAUAUACAUCCUCCUCAGCUGACAGGAUUAAGAGAUUAAAGACAGGCAUAGGAAAUCACAAGGGAAGUGAUUGGGGAAGUGAUAAGUGUCCAUGAAAUCUUACAAUUUAUGUUUGGAGAUUGCAGUAAAGACAGGCAUAAGAAAUUAUAAAAGUAUUAAUUUGGGGAACUAAUGAAUGUCCAUGAAAUGUUCAAAUCCACGUUCUUCUGCCAUGGCUUCAGCCGGUCCCUCCGUUUGGGGUCCCUGACUUCCCGCAACAAUGUCCUGCAGGAAAAGUUUUUUCUUUAUAUCCAGUUUUUACAUGAUGAAUGAUUUCCCAAUAUUUCAUAAUUUAUGAGGCUGAAUUCCUCUUGAAUUUAUUAAAUACUACCUGUGCAUCCUCUGUGAUGAUCAUGUUUAUUUACUGAUAAUACCUAGAACUGCACCUAGCUCAUGAUGGUACCUAAUAAAUACUUCAAUGAAAUGAUGUGGUGAUGCAUGCCUAUAGUUUUAGCUACUUGGGAGGAUGGCCUGAGCCCAGGAGUUCUAGACCAGCUUAGGCAACAUGGCAAGACCCCAUCUCAAAAAAAAAAAAAAAAACAAAAAAAAACUUGAAGAAGUGAAUGCAUGGAAGGGCGCUUUUCUAAAAUAAAUGUGGUCAGGCUGGGUGUGGGGGUCAUGCCUGUAAUCCCAGCAGUCUGGGAGGUGGGCAUGGGCAGAUCAUUUGAGGUCACGAGUUCGAGACCAGCCCGGCCAACAUGGUGAAACCCCAUCUCUACUAACAAUACAAAAAUUAGCUGGGUGUGGUGACAUGCACCUGUAAUCCCAGCUACUUGGGAGGCUGAAGCAGGAGAAUUGCUUGAACCCGGGAGGUGGAGGUUACAUUGAGCUGAGAUUGCACCACUGCACUCCAUGCUGGGUGACAGAGUGAGACUGUCAAAAAUAAAUAAAUUAAAUAAA